UGAAACAAGAGAGCAAGCAAAACCUUGUAUAAGGUUUAUAACGUACAGAAUAAGAUGGAAGGUUUUGCAAAGAAGAAGUAUUGAAUUUACAUCGAUCUACUAUCCAUGCAUGAUCACCGGAAAACUGGACCAGAGUCAAUCGCAGUGGAUGAGCAUGAUAACCUAUACACUGGACUCAAAUAUGGCAGGAUAAUAAAAAUCAUGAAUCCCGGGAAAGCAAACCAAACAGUCAUCGAAUUGACAAAAUCAUUUGACUUUGCAGAAGGAAGCAAAAGAAAGAAAAAGCGCCCUCUUGGUCUUCGUCUCCAUGGCGCAAAGUUGUAUUUUGCAGAUGCAUAUCAAGGAGUCAUUAUGAUCGACUUGGAAACUAAAAACUAUGACAUCAUAGUAAACUAUAAUGACGUCAACCCGCCGAUGUUGUUUCCAGAUGAUUUGGUUUUGACGUCUGAUGGAAAAACAAUAUAUUUCACUGAUAUGAGUUUGAAGUGGAAUUACGACGACGUUGCCUUUUCUAGUAUUGAAGGUGAUUGCACCGGAAGACUUUUUAAAGUUGAUGUUUUAACCAAAAACACCGAUCUCAUUCUGGAUAGUUUGUGUCUACCAAACGGAAUUGAAAUUGUGGAAAAUGAAACUCAUGUUCUUCUGUCCGAGCACGUCUAUCGGCGCCUCACAUUGGUCAACCUCGAAUCUGCGAAAGUUGUGCGACACAUCCCACUCCCGGCUGGGCCAGACAACAUAGGGAAAAGAAAAAACGGCGGAUUUUGGGUUGCAAUACCAUAUAUACCAGAGCCGGGACAUUUUGUGACGUGGAGUCCCGUAUUCCGCCAAAUACUUGCCGGGGCUUUGGGAUCGGAAGGCGCUUUGACCAAAUUCAACCUAACCCAAGGAGUGGCUGUGAAGUUGAAUAAAAACUUUGAACCCGAGAGUAUCCAUUUGGACAUGGAAGGCAAACUGUCCAAAGCUGUCACAGAAGUAUCUGAACUGAGCGACGGAACACUUGUAGUCGGAUCUUUCAUCUCAAAUGGAAUUGCUUUGGUUGACCCUUUACCUCCUCUAGUGGAUCAUCCUUUGGUGGAUGUUUCUAUCUAGUUUAAUUGUAAAGAGCAACUUGAUUCAUCCAUAAACGACUCCGUCUUUUUGUAAAUGACUUUAUUCAAUUGAAAAAAUGUUUUCUUGGGAAAAAAUGUUUUUUUUUUGUAUCAUACAUCGAAAUUUUUGUGGCUUGAAAGGACUAUUAGACCCUUAAGACUAUUGAAAGUUCACGUUUUCCUACUGGAUUCGCUAGCUGUCCACAACCCCCUCGCAUACCUGUUUACCCCCCUGAUAAUGGUUGCUCAGCGGAUGUUUGACAGCCCUCAUGAUUCAUGAUGUACGGUGUGGCAGAAAUCAAGGGUUGUUUUCGUGGUUUUGCAUGUUAUUUUUCAGUUGUGUUUCC